AUGUUGUAAACUAAUUACAAUAAACUUAAUGAUUAAGAGAAAGUUAUCAAACUUCUUACAAAGUCGAGUAGAGAAGUUUUUGAAAAUGAAAUCCUACUUUAAAUUUUAUUAUCAUAUUAAUAUUUUAAAUAUUUUUAUGAUAUCCUUAUUCAACAUUUAACAUUGGAUCGCAUAAUAUUGGUAUUAAUUAUGAAAAAUUAGAUGAUGAAUUAAUUAAAGUUAGAAAUUUUUAGAGAAAAUUCACUUAUUUUUUAAGAGAAGGAUCCCUCAAAUUCUAAAAUAUAUCUUAUACUUUCUGGUUCAGUCUACUUAUUAAGAAGUAAGCCAUUACAAUAAUUUUGUUUUAAUUCAACAAAGUAUUAAAAACUAUAUCUAAGUUCAAACUAUUAUAAUAAAUAUGGUUAUAUAGUUCGAGAAUUGAAAAGUGGAGAUGGUUUUGGAGAUAAAAGUUUUUUGACUAAUUAACCAAGAUCGUUGUCUGCUAUAUCAAUAGAAAAACUGCAUUUGUUGAUAUUGGAUAAUUCGUUUUUAAAAGGAUUCGAGUCUGCAAUAAAUUUAGCUUAAGUCAAAGCAAAAACAUUGAUUUUUAACUUUUUUCCAUCAGUAAUUAUAUAUGCAAGUUUAGAUUAAAUUGAAUUACUCAAAUGCUCGACUUGAAUGUAUCUUUUAUAGUUUUUAGGUAAACAAUUUAUAUCGACAUUUCAAUAGACUAUAUUUUUAGCUCGUGAUGAAUUACUUUUUGAAGAAGGUAAAAAAGGAAAUGAAUUCUACAUAAUGAAAUAAGGAAAUUGUAUUAUUCUUAAAAAGUUUUAAAAUGAAAAUAUUUCAGUAACAAUUUAAGAUAAUUAUUGCUUAUUUGGAGAGGAAAUAUAUUUUAAUGAAAAAUAUGAUUAUACAAUCAAAAUAAAAUCACUUUAGGCUUGCUUUUUGAAAAUAAAAGUUUAAGAUUUUGAAAAUGAUUUUCCUGAAGAAUGUAAAAAAAUUUUGAAAUAGAAUUAUGAUACUCAUAAAAAUGAUAGAUUUUAUUUAUAUUAAUUAGCUGUUGAAAGAUAUCAAAAAUAAGUAGAAGUUUAAAGAUAAAAAUUGGAGUAAGUAUUUUAAUUUUAAUAUUUUAGAUCCAAGUAAUCUUAAAAAUUACAUAAGCAAUUGAAUAUAUAAAGUUAUUCAUAAAGUGAAACAGAAUUAUAGAUGAGAUUUGAUAAAGAUGUUUCUAAUUUUAGAAAUUUUAUAUCUGUAAGAACUAGUUCUCUAUAUUUCAAUUCAACAAGAGGUUUUUAAGCUUAAAAAUUUAAUAAUUAUUCUCCUUCAUUUAUAAUUGAUUAAUAAUAAAAGUUAUUAAAAGAACCUAUGAAUCCAAUUGUAAGCCCUCUAGAUUUUGGAAAAGGAGAAGCAGAAGAGAUGAGAAAAAGGACAAAAGUUUAGUUAUGUGUAAUGAGUAUGGAGAAAAUUAAUUAUUUGAAUUAAAUUAAGUCCCCUAAGAUUUAUUAAUUAAAAAAUAAAUUCUUAAGAACUUUUUAAAAGCAAUAAAGAAAAUCAAUGUCAUAAAUGUCAAUAAGUACAGCGUUACCUUAAAAAAAGAGAUCAAGUUAUUUUUCUCCAGAAGCAUCCAUGAUUAGUUUAUGUAAUUUUUGA